AUGUGGGUUUACUGGCUAGAGUCCACCACGAAAUCCGAUCAUUGGUGGCUAGAUGUGGGUUUACUAGCUAGAGCGUCCACCACGAAAUCCGGUCAUUGGUGGCUAGAUGUGGGUUUACUGGCAAGAGAGUCCACCAUGAAAUCCGGUCAUUGGUGGCUAGGUGUGGGUUUACUGGCUAGAGAGUUCAUCACGAAAUCCGGUCAUUGGUGGCUAGAUGUGGGUUUACUGGCUAGAAAGUCCACCACGAUAUCCGGUCAUAGGUGGCUAGAUGUGGGUUUACUGGCUGGAGAGUCCACCACGAAAUCCGGUCAUUGGUGGCUAGAUGUGGGUUUACUGACUAGAGAGUCCACUUGCACUCCGUGGUGCCUGAUUAUAGGAAUUUCCAGAGUAAAUCCAAAGAGUCUGUCACACCGGCUCGGGUUGCGGGUUGGAGACCGGCUUCUCGCCAUCGGCUCAGUUCAGGCCCAUAAUAUGAGCCAUGAGCAGGCCAAAAUGGAAAUUAUCCGAGCUGGAAAUGAAUUAGAUCUCAUCGUCCAAAGGAGUGCGUCAGCGGUUAUUGACCAACCAGAUAGCCGACAGGCCUAUAGGUCGCAGCCUCAGAGGACAGAACUUGUGGAAGAACCGACAGAGUACAGAGGCUAUACCAAUCCAAAUGUACAGUCAAGGUCUUUCAAAAUCCUGCAGGAAUCUCUCAGUUACUCCGAGGCCAAUGAAGAAGGUAUAGUACUCCCCACGGGCAACACCCCGGGGGAGGGUAUAGUCCGUAAGGCAUAUUCUGAGGGGAGGAGGAGGUUGGAGGAACUGUCUGAAAUAAACCCUAGAAAUUUUACAGAGGAAGGUCAGUCUCCAUACAGGGUGUCUGAGCAUUACAACACCAGAGACGAAAGUGUAAUCAGUGAGCCUAAACAAAGUGGGGAGUAUGACCCCACUGUCACAGUUGUAGCGGCAAAAGUAUACGAUGGUUCCGAACCACGGCAAAGGAAACGACCAACAGUUAAUAUAGCGCAAUCAUCUGUUCUUUCUCCUGCUGCUGGCCAACAACAGUAUCUCCAGCAAGCACAUGAGCAUUAUCAAACCAAACUAGAAUCUCGACCAACAGUAAAUAUAGCGCAAUCGUCUGUUCUUUCUCCUGCUGCAGGCCAACAACAGUAUCUCCAUCAAGCACAGGAGCACUAUCAAACCAAAUUAGAAUCUCGACCGCAACACCAAACAAGACCAGCUCAGCAUGCUGUUGUUCAUCAACAAAAGCCACAAGAGAAACCUUUGAAACUGGUCAAUUAUCAAUUUGACGAGCAGUAUUCUCAUUUAAGGAGGGAACCCAGUUCUGUUCAAACACAGCAGCACACUCAGAUUGUACAGACAAACAGACAGAAAGCUGUUGUUUCACCACAGAAGUCUAAUGAUUUCAUUCCCGCCACUGAGACAGUAUCUUCGGUAGCAGCUGAUUUAGAUCUGAAAAUUGUCGCACCAGGUGUCGCGCCUCAACAAACUAUCGAGGUAAAACAGGUUUCGAGGCCAGCAGAAAGACAAGUCGUCAAACAAGUUGUGCAGACAGUUAGGCUGGCAGAACAGACUACAAAACCGACAGCACAAGUUACUAAACCGGCACAGCAAGUAGCUAAGCCAGUUGAACCAACUAUCAAAGUAGCAGAACAAGUUGCUCAGCCAACAGAACCAAUUGUUAAACCGGCACAGCAAGUAGCUAAGCCAGAGGAACAAACUAUUAAACCGAAAGAAGAAGUUGCUAAGCCUGUAGAACCAACUGUUAAACCGGCAGAACAAGUUGCUAAGCCAGAAGAACAAAUUGAUAAACCGGUGGAACAAGAUGUCACACAGACAGUGCAAACCGUUGUGUCAGCAGAGGAAAUAGUCAAACCUGAAAAACAAAUUAUUAAACCACCAGAAGAUACAGGUAAGGUCAUGCACGAAAAUCCGAUACAGACUGCUGAAGUACAGUCUGAAACACCUGAAACUAACAAACAAAUAGAGACAGUUGAAGCACAAACAGACGAAACUGUAAAUAAAUUUGCUGAACAAUUUAGUGCUUCUGUUGUAGCAUCUGCGCAACAAUCACUUCAGACAACAUUAGAAACUGAGAAAAACACAUCUACCAACGUAGAUGGAUGUAUGGUAUCUAAAGAAUCACCUGCCCAGUCAGUUGAAGAAAAAGUUGAUGUACAUACUGAACAAGAGUCACAGCCUGUUUCAGAACAAGUACAACAGAAGGAGGUGACGGAAGUAGAAUCAAAACCUGCUGAGGAAGAAUUGGGUAAACUACCAGUUGGAACAGAAGAUAGUGUAGUAACGCAUGAGUCUACUGUUGAUAUAGAAGGAAGUAAAUCUGGACAUGACAAACCAUCAGAAACCAUUCCAAUUGCUGUUGUAGAGGAACUGAAAGAGGAAAAAGAAGUAAUUGAAGAACCAUUAACACCUAUAUCAGAAAGAGAGAGACGUCCAUCACUUCAAGUACCUGAAACAGACACUGAAAUCAAUGUAUCAUUACAUAACACAGAUGAACAAGUAUCGGUUACAGUUGAAGAAGGAAAAGAAGAAAGUGUUGAAACAGAGAGUAAAAGUGCGGAAGUUGAACAGACCACGCAGAUAGAGACAGUGAUUUCAUCCGAUCAAAAUGUUGUGCAAAGUAAUGAUCAAACAAUAAACAUAGCCACAGAUGCGCAGGCCGAAGAACAGUCUUUCACCAUUUCAGUAGAUCAAACUGAAGAAACAUCUGAAACUGUGGACUUGACAGUAGAUACAAAUGAAAUGGUUUCAGAGAGUAGUGUAGCAUUCGAGAUAUCAACUGAUGCUGAUGUAAGCAUGGAUGUUUCAAGUGACAUCAACGUCACAACUGUAAGUACCGAUGUAAUCACUGAUGCAAAUGCAGAAUCCGAUGCUGCUGUUACACUUUCACUUGAACCAGCUGCUAAAGAAUCCGACAGUACAGAGUUUACGAUAUCUGUAACAGAAGAAGUGGAAAACGAUACCACUGAGGUAAGUAAACCCGUAAAGGAACCUGAACCAAAACAAAAUGGACAAAAUAAUUCAAAGCCUACGAGAGCCAAAUUCGUGGACAGCCAAGGUGGAGUGGCUGCUAGACUGGCGAGAUUUAAACAAAAAUAAGCAAUCUGUACAUGUAUUAAUUUACCUCUUAAGGUAAAUGCGACCACAGACUCAAUUCUGAUUAGCAUAUACUUGACAUCAUAUCAGUGUCUGAUCAAUAUUAUACACAUUAUCAUGUCAUUAAUACAUUCAUAGCUAUCCUCGCAGUGGACUUUCACAUUGGAAUGAAGAAAACUGUUGAAAUUACUGCUAUGGUUUAGGAGAACAUGAUCAGUAACAAAGCUGAUGAAGAGAAUGCGCCAGCAAAACAAGACAAUGAGAGAAGUAUACUCGUUUGUACAGAUAAAUGUGGCUCAAUAUGGAUCAGUGAAUUUGUUGACGUACGCUCAUGUGUCUUAUAUCUAACAUGCCUUGGAUUGAAGUGGGAAUGCUAUUUCAAGAAUUUGUUCUGAACCUGACACAAUGCUCCUUGCACUUCCUCCUCACCUCAGUUACGAUAUUAUUGGUGAUUUUAAUGCACAGAUAGUUCCUGUUUGAAAUCAUUUCAUAUAUACAGGCAUUUUAUCAUACCAUUUUGCAUUAAUUAAUUUUAGUUAAUUUUAUUCCUGGCUUAUAUAAGUAUUGAAUUUUCUCAAUUUUGAGAGCUAUUUUAAUUAUUUCUAUAGAUAAUUUACCCCACUUUUGUUACUGAAUCAAUCCUUAUUCUUAAAUUGGUUUUGCAUGUUGUUUUAGAAGUGAACAUGAAAUUUUAUUACUUUUGAUUUUGUGUGCAUUUAAAACAAAUGAAUGAUGCUGUCUUUAAAUGAAAAUGAGUGAAGAUUGAACUUGUUUGCUUUUGUUUUU